GCUAUUAUCCUUAUUUAAAAUGGCGGACGGACGAUGAGGAUGCAGUAUCGGAUGUAUCCGAUAAAAAUGAUCGGGAAACAAAUUACUUUAAGUGUUGUGCUUCGAAAAUGAGUAGAAUAAAAGUCUGUGUGCAGUGCUUUUCAGUUUUCCAUCAAGCCUGUGCCAAAAAGUUACCAAACCUAAAAGUUAUUGAUGGAAAUAAGAUUGUUUGUUGCGCUGGAACAAACGAACAAAGAGAAUUAAAGCAAAGCGAGGAUGCCAAAACAAAUAUCUUUAGGAUGGAAAUCCGAUAUCUACAGGAAUUACUUAUGGAAACGAGAGAUAAAAAUGAAAUUCUCAAACUAAACAAUAGCCUUUUAUUAGACAGAAUACGAAAGAUGGAAAAAAAUGAUAUCCUUGAAACAAAGGUAAACAAUACAAAAAACCAUUCGAUUAAUUCAGUUGACGUAAUUGAGAAGAUCCCUACCAGAGGUUUGAACAUAGAACCCUACGAGCGUAGCAAAAUAACAAGAUCAUCUACCAGACAACAGAUGGCUACACAAAGUGCAAUUCCAGCAGAGAAAACAGAAACCAGUGUCAAUGAUAAUUUACUGUCUGUGACCACGCAUGACAGGUACCAUUCUAACCUAGAAAUUCACUCUAAAUCCGAAAACAUAAAUAAACACAAAAUUCCGAAAAUAGUAACGGAAACACAUGAAAUUACACCCACAGACAAACUGAUAAGACCUGCUCCCAAUUCACCGUCAGACGAUUUCAUUAAAGUCAGAGCAAGAAGACGGAAGAAACCGAGAAUUAAUGUCGGAACUGGAACAACACUUACAGGAGAAACAACAUUCAAAUCAGUGAAAUCUGACAAAGCAGAUAAGAAAUUAUGGCUAUUUAUCUCUCAAGUAAAAGAAAGUGUAGAGGAAGAAGUUAUUAAAGAAUACAUAAUGAACAAAGGGAAGUUAGAAGAGAAUGAAGUAUCUGUGACAAAAAUAAACACCAGAAACCAAGAAAAUUUGAACUAUAAAUGUGUUCUUGUAGGAGUUCCACUGAAAAUAAAAGAGGAAAUAUAUAACAAUGAAUUCUGGCCAAAGGGAAUCAAUUUUGCAAGAUUUGAUUUCCGUAGGGGACAACAUUUUUUAGAGAAAAACAAAGCUUGAAGCCACAAUCUAUCA